UUUGGCACUGCUUGUGUUUCUCCUUGCCAGAAAGGGCAAAGGACUUGAGCAAGAAGCCAGCCUUUUCCUGAUUACAAAACUGACCACAGUUCCUCGCCAACCUAUCAGUGUGAGUCUGUCUUUUUUUUUUCUGCUAAUGCAUUAUUCUUCUCAGAGAGAACUCCACUUUUUCUAUUAUGACAUGGCAUUUAUCAUUUAAACAUCAGCUGCGUUCAGACCUUGGUGCAGCAUUACUGCCUCUGCUAGUGAUGGAUAAACUUAAUCAUCGAGUUUUUAAAAAGCAAACCCUGAUAGAGCAAAUCUAAACUGUAUCUCUCAACCAGUUAAUCUUAUAGAAUUUGUCUGUAUCAUUUUAGCCUUUGUCAAGGGGUGGGACAAAUGCCUCAGAAAAUAACAUUUCAGUAGCAUGCCAAUGCCGAAUUUUAAAAUACAAGUACAUGUUUGAAUUAAGUAGUUUUCUUCAGAUAAUAUGAUUAGAGAUUGCGCCAGGAACAGGCAGCUAGAAAAAACUUUGUCCAAGUAAGUUUAUCUGGUAUUUCAUAACCCAGAGAUGUAAAGUCUCCCAUUUAAGAAGCAAUCGAAAACUGAAUGAUCUCUUUGCUCUGAUAGCUCUAAAUACUGUACAACUCACGCCCCUCACAAGACACAGAACAUGUGGGUCACUGGCGAGACAGUGUGGCAAUGUUUUCCUUGUAAUGUACCAAGUCUUGCCAAAGCAGUGAGCAACAUUAUGACACAACAUUUGUCACAGCUGGCUCUCCAGCAGGACAGUGCCAGCCAAUUCAGGCCUGGUCCUUUGUGGAUUUAUUCCCACCUCUCUGAAAUAUUUGGAAACUGAUGUCUUAACUCAUUGGUCGUGUUCACAAGUUCUACUACUGCAAGUCCUUUUCUUUUAAUGGAUUGGUCUUUUGCAAGAAAUAGACAAAAUAUCAGUGUGAAUUACAGCAAAUCCCUCUUCCAUGCUGUUAUGGGUGAAACUCUGGGAAAUUCUCUCAUUGACCCAGAAAGCGAUUCCUUUGCUGAUACACUGUCUGCAAACACUUCACAAGAAAUUACCAUGGUUGACACCGAGAUGCCAUUUUGGCCCACCAACUUUGGAAUCAGCUCCGUGGAUCUCUCUGUAAUGGAUGAUCACUCCCAUUCUUUUGACAUCAAGCCCUUCACCACUGUGGAUUUCUCCAGCAUUUCCACUCCACACUAUGAAGACAUUCCAUUCGCGAGAGCGGACCCAAUGGUUGCCGAUUAUAAGUAUGACCUGAAGCUCCAAGAGUACCAAAGUGCAAUCAAAGUGGAGCCUGCAUCCCCGCCUUAUUAUUCUGAAAAGACUCAGCUGUACAGUAAGCCUCAUGAAGAGCCUUCCAACUCCCUCAUGGCAAUUGAAUGCCGAGUAUGUGGAGAUAAAGCUUCUGGGUUCCACUAUGGAGUUCAUGCUUGUGAAGGAUGCAAGGGUUUCUUCCGGAGGACAAUCAGAUUGAAGCUCAUUUAUGAUAGGUGUGACCUUAACUGUCGGAUCCACAAAAAAAGUAGAAAUAAAUGUCAGUACUGUCGGUUUCAGAAAUGCCUUGCUGUGGGAAUGUCUCACAAUGCCAUCAGGUUCGGGCGGAUGCCACAGGCCGAGAAGGAGAAGCUGUUGGCGGAGAUCUCCAGUGAUAUCGACCAGCUGAACCCAGAGUCGGCUGAUCUCCGGGCCCUGGCAAAACAUUUGUAUGACUCAUACAUAAAGUCCUUCCCGCUGACCAAAGCAAAGGCGAGGGCGAUCUUGACAGGAAAGACAACAGACAAAUCACCAUUUGUUAUCUAUGACAUGAAUUCCUUAAUGAUGGGAGAAGAUAAAAUCAAGUUCAAACACAUCACCCCCUUGCAAGAGCAGAGCAAAGAGGUGGCCAUUCGCAUCUUUCAGGGGUGUCAGUUCCGCUCAGUGGAAGCUGUGCAAGAGAUCACAGAGUAUGCCAAAAGUAUCCCUGGUUUUGUAAACCUUGACUUGAAUGACCAAGUAACUCUCCUAAAAUAUGGCGUCCAUGAGAUCAUUUACACGAUGCUGGCCUCCUUGAUGAAUAAAGAUGGGGUUCUCAUAUCAGAGGGCCAAGGAUUCAUGACAAGGGAAUUUCUAAAGAGCCUGAGAAAGCCCUUUGGUGACUUUAUGGAGCCCAAGUUUGAGUUUGCUGUGAAGUUCAAUGCACUGGAAUUAGAUGACAGCGACUUGGCAAUAUUUAUAGCCGUCAUUAUUCUCAGUGGAGAACCAACACUCAUUCAGCUGUAGCGGCAAAUGCGUGACGCCAGCUCUCGGGCACAGAGUUUGAGGACUCUGAGUUUGAGUAUUCCACCUCUCCUCCCCAUCCCUCAAGGCCCUUCACAAUCUCAAGGACGUUUCCAGCUCAUGCGUAGUCUUUCCAUUGUCCGUGGAACUGUGUCUGCAAGUUAGAAUGGACGGCAUAGCCCUUCUCUAGAACAGAGGGCAGAGGACAGGUGUCUGAGUGAGGAAACCCCAGCUUAAGGAGGCCUCUGGUUCUGCAGGACCCAGUGGCCCCCACAUCUUCUCUGUCUGUUAGCAUCAUCCGUACUCGUUGACCAGGAGGAGACAAAACCCAGAAUAGUUGGAAACGCAGGUAUGAAAAACACCAUCAACACCAAGAGGCCUACUUUCUUCUCCUCUCCUCUGUGAGUGAAAUACGCAGCUCUCUUAUCCAUACAGUUUUUUUGGACAAGACUCAGGCUAGUGCCUAGGUGGUAAAAGUUGUUAUUCUAACUUCUUUCUCAUGAUACUGAGAAUAAACAAGGACAUCUGAUUUCUCAUCUGACUAAGCUCUGAGCAGGACAGUGGACGAGUGUUAUUACAUGGUUCUUGUCCCCCAUGGGGGCCAUGAGGGAGUCAGAGAGUAAUGGCAUUCAUUUAUUAACUGAAAAAUCUGUAAUGGGCACCUACAGUGUGUCUACAUAGCGUACGACACUCUUCUCCUCUGCUCUUCCCACCAUGCUGCCAUGACCAGUGGGAAAACCCUUGUCAGGUGGCUAGGAUGGCUUUGAAUAAUGACUCAAUUAGUGUUAUCUAGAAAUGUCCCAUUAGUUCACUCUUUUAAUAACUUUGUGGACUUGGUUUAGACAAAGGUGAGGUCUGUCUAUGAGUUCUCAACUGGCACGCAAAUUCUAAAAACCAGAUGGCUGGCGGGGGGGUGGGGGGAGAGGGAGAAAAUGAAACAUACUAGAAUCAUCUGAGAAACUUAAAAAUACACACGCGCACGGCGGCGUUUGUUGUUUGUAGAACAUAGAAGCAUCUUUCUCAGUGACUGCUUCAGAAGUAAAAUCUCUUCUUCACCCUGGGCCUGGUAGGCCGGGAUCAUCUCAGUGAGUGAGCGCACGAUUGUACUUGACCUCAGAGACAGACAUGGGAUUGAAAGCCAAACUGCUGAGUCAUUCCUAUCGCCUCACCAGCAAUCUUGGAAAAGGUUCAGUCAGUCAGUCAGUGGGCCCCUUUUCGGAGCACUUUAUCAUUCUGGGUUCUCACAAUGUGUGUUUAAACUCUGGGUGACCCCAGGCAGCCUUCCAGACUGGCACAAUCCACCAAGACAUUCAGACAGAUCAUCUGCGAGUGAGGAAGAAUGAAACUCAGGACGGGUUCGAGUCGCUCAUCACAGAGAGGCCAACGCAGGUUGUGAAGGAGCUAUGCACUCCCAGGGAAAGUACCUUUCAAGGGUCUUGCCAGAUUCACAAAGAAGAAGACCAGAAGAGGUGGGAUGGGGGCAUUGGAAAGCUUUGGAAUCACAGGGACAGCCCUGAAUUCAGACCCCACCCCCCACCACGACUUACUAGAUGUGUGAUUUCACUCAAUUAUUUACCUCCCUGGGCCCUAAUUUCCUUACCAGUAUUGUAAGUAAAAGAAAUAACAUUAUGUGAAGCCUCUGGCACAAUGCCUGGGACAUGUUAAGCACACAAUAAAUGCUAAUUUUCCCUUUUCCCCUGUAUGAUAGAAUUUGAAGUAGCUCUACGCAAUCUUGCCAGUCAGACUGCUUACAAUUCCACCAAUAGUCAUUCUUAAAAUCCCUUAUUACAAUAUAAAUACCCCUAGGGAGAUAUAAGCUCAUCCCUUUAUCAGCUAUCACUUUAAAGGGAUUAGUUGUCGGGCGCCUGGGUGGCUCAGUUGGUUAAGCAACUGCCUUCGGCUAAGGUCAUGAUCCUGGAGUCCUGGGAUCGAGUCCCAUAUUGGGCUCCUUGCUUGGCAGGGGGUCUGCUUCUCCUUCUGAUCCUCCCCCCUCUCAUGUGCUCUCUCUCUCUCAUUCUCUCUCUCAAAUAAAUAAAUAAAAUCUUUAAAAUAAAAAAAUAAAAAAGGGAUUAGUUGUGGAUUGAGAAAAAAAACCUAAGGGAAAGAGAUAUGGAGGAAGAGGGAGAGGCCUGACAAGCUAAGGGGAGAACUCUAAGCCCCCUGGCCCCUCAAGGAGAUAGAGAAACCAGGAGUGUGGUGAGUUUCCACCCUCCCAAGGUUCUGAUAAAGUUUGGGACAUUAUGUGUUGAGAGGUCAUAUUUGGAGAUUAAAGAUCACACCUAUGUUUUGAGAUCACAGGUUCUUCUCAAAGACAUUGGAAAGGAAGACAUUGAGCGAGAGUUGCAGAGAACAAAUACUUGGCUAUGUUUUAUGUUCGGUUAUUGGCAUUUCUAGAGGUUGAGGAAGCAAGGAAGAGGGUUUGGAUUAGGGGGAGGAGUGUGUCAGGCUUGAGGAGAAAGAAGAAAUCAUUCUCUUUCCCUCUCCAGCCUUCUCUACCUCCCACCCAUGCCCCAUUUCCAGUCCUGCUCAGAGCCAGUGUUGGACAUGGAAGGAGCAGAAUUUAUCUCUAUCCCUCAGCUCAAGGGAAGAACACUGCUGUCCUGGGCUGACACGGAGAACCCUCAGCAAACCACAUGGCUGAGCUUCCAUUGAGCAACCUUUAGAACAACAAGGGGACCUUAACCCCCCCCCCCCGGGGGGGUGAAAAGAGACAGGAAAGACAAUAACUUCCCAAGGGCAGGACAGAGAGCUUGAGGAAAAUUUCCAUUCUAAAAGACCUGGAAAUAAAACAAGAGCCCAAGCUCAUUUCACUCCAUUGAGGUACCAUUGAGCAAUGCAAAGAGCUUUGAAGACAGAAAAGAAGAAAGCACUACUCACCUCAUUACAAUAUCUUUGUGUCCCCUGUUGUAGUUGGGGAGGUGGCUUUUGGGGGUGGCAGUUGGGUGUUUGAGAUGAGGGAAGUUGGUGUAGAAUGGUUUACUCGAUGGGCAGAUAAAAGAAAAUACUACCUGGGUUGGUUUCAUUGUGGUGGUCACCCCCUUUCCCCAUCCUGACUACAUCCUAUGUGUUAUUGCUUUAAGGAGUGGUUGUCAUUUGGACUUAGACAGAAAAAGCAUUCAGAAGGGAAAUGUUAGAAUGUUAACCCACUCCAGAGUGAAGGACUCUGUCCGACUACAUGUGGGUUCACAGCAGAAUGUGCUCGUUACAGAAGAUCUUUAUCUGUUUGAAAACACGUUUACAAGACCUCCUGGUUAUGUUGUCCCCUUGCCCAGAUAGCCACCCAUCAACUGCAUUUCUCCUAAAAUCAUCCAUCAUGCAGUCUUCUGAUUAAUUUAGGUUUGCCCUGCUAGGAUUCCUAAUACCAAAUCUCCAGCAAGGUGCAGGCCCAGGAGUGGAAAGGGAAAAACAUCUGGAAGGGGAGUGGAGAGAUGGCUGAGAAGAAAGGAACAAUUACAGGAGAAAGAACAGGAAAGAUAGAGACCUGGAAGAUAGAGAAACAAGAGAAGAAAGGUAGGAAGGAAAAAGAUGCGAGUGAUAUUAGAAAUAGAAAUAGCUACCCACUAUGCAUCAGACACUGCUCUGGCACUCACCAUCCAUUAACUCAUUUAAUCCUCCCAACAACACUAUGAGUUGCAUUACUCUUAUGACUCCAUUUUUUAAGUGAGGAAACCAAGGCACAGAAAGGUUAAGGAACUUGCUCAAGGUUACCCAGCAAGUAAGUUUUAAGGCUGGGAUUCCAACUGCUUCUCACUAAGCCAGUAGUGCUUACUCUUGGCUGUCCAUUAGAAUCACCUGGGAGCUUUUAAAAGCCUUGAAGGUCAUACCCCAGACCAAGCCAAUCAGAAUCUCUAGAGAUGGGACCCAGGUAUUCGUUUGCAGGGUUUUAAUCUCCCCACGUGAUUUCAGUGUGUAGCCAAAGUUGAGAAUCACUGCACACCAUCCAGCUCCAAUUGAAAUUUAACUAUGAGAAGAAGAACACAUGUGAAACUUUCUUACAUUAUUUUUUUCCCAAAGGUAGGAAUGUGGGAGGGAAUUGCUACAGGCCAUACCACAGUUUACCAAAGAUAAAGUUGGCUGAAUUCACAGUUUUGCCUAAUGCUCACCAUGAUUCUGCUUGAUCAGAAAAGUACUGCAGAAUCCCGAACACCAGCACUUCAGGGAAGAAGUGAAUUGGGGCCCCGUGGCUUCCUUGUCUUAUUGCUCUUAGACUCUUGCUUUUAUGCA